AUGGAUAAAAAGAAAGCAGCGUAUGAAAGAUGGACGAAGGAUGCUCUCAUAAAGCGCAUACAGACGCUGGAAGCGAAUCUCGUCCGCGCUGAGACGCAUAACCAGGAUUCUACCACAACCACGGCAGCAGAGGGGUCUAGUACUAAUAAUGCUACACCCAGCCCCCCAAAGAAAAAGAAAAUAGAGCGCAAGAUCGAUUCAUCCAAAUACUCAACACGGCUGGUGGCGUUCAAACUCGCAUACUUGGGCAAAAGGUACGGCGGCUUCGAGUUCGCGGUCCACGCCAAUCUACCGUCGAUCGAAGAGGAGUUGUGGAAGGCGUUUGUCAAAGCGUGUCUUAUUUUCCCUGAAAACCCUGAUGUAGUUGAUUGGGAUAGUUGCGAGUACUCGAAGUGUGGACGCACGGAUCGGGGUGUGAGUGCGUUUGGACAGGUCAUUGCUGUGAGGGUGAGGAGUAAUAGGCCUUUGCCUAAGGAGGCGCCAGAGGGUGAACGGGAAGAUGGUGGGAAUGUGGAAGGGGAGGGUGGUGCGGCAGAGGAGAAACGCGAGUUCGAUGACUUUACGGAUGAGUUGCCGUAUUGCAGGAUCUUGAAUAAACUCCUACCGCCUGAUAUAAGGAUGCUAGCGUGGUGCCCCACGACAGCGGCGGAUUUCUCUGCGAGGCACGAUUGCCGAGAAAGACAAUACCGAUACUUUUUCACGCAACCGGCGUUCGCACCAUAUCCACAGAGCCUCGAGAACCCGGCUGGGACUGCUACUACCAAAGUAAAGGGCGGCUGGUUAGACAUUGAGGCUAUGCGACGGGCCGCCAAGAAAUUUGAGGGAACUCAUGAUUUUCGAAAUUUCUGCCGAGUCGAUCCGAGCAAACUUAAUAUCAAUUUCGAGCGAAAAGUGUUUGAGGCGGAUAUAGUGGAGGUCGAGGAUGCGGAAACGGCACUGCCGUUCCUAGAUCGUGAUGAGUUUAAGCCUACGUCGACGUCAGAUGCCGGUUUGAAGAAGUUGCCUAAGGUGUACUAUUUCCACGUGCGAGGAACUGCGUUCUUAUGGCAUCAAAUACGAUGCAUGGCAUCGGUUAUCUUUAUGGUGGGUCAGGGGUUAGAAGACCCAUCGGUGAUAGACAGGCUUCUAGACAUCGAAGCCGAGCCACGAAGACCAAACUAUCAACUUGCGGACGAAAUCCCGUUAGUAUUAUGGGAUUGCAAAUUCCCUAGGCCCGAGAAACCUCAGAAUGCGCUCGACUGGGCAUAUGUAGGUGAGGACAACCCCCUGUACCAGCACGGAAUAACGGGUCUCUUGGGUGGUGUGUGGGAGUACUGGCGUGAAAAGAAAAUGGACGAGUUGCUCGCCAGUCAGCUCCUAAAUAUAGUGUCCUCACAAGCGGAUAUCAACCUCCGUAGAGACCCCAAAGCACCAUUGCAUAUACCCACCACCACGACGAGGAUAUUUGAAGGUGGUGAUAAGGAGCGUCUGGCUGGCAAGUAUCAGCCACUAUUGAAAAAGCCGAGACUUCCUUCGCCACAAGAAACCUUCGACAAGGAAGCGAGGAGGAAGGGAUACGCAGACGCGGCGGAUAUGAGGGAAGCAUUUAUAAGGAAAAGGGAAGAGGCUGCAGCGGCGGCGGGUGAACCACCGCCAGAAGUAGCGGCACUAGAGGAGGAAGCUGAAUAG